CAGGUGGCGCAUGUUGAUGUGUGGCCACCGGGGCACAAUGUGAGCAUCUUUACGGUUUUUUUUGUGUUUUUUUGAGCAAACCCUCAUCCGAAAAUAGGGGUUGGCUGUUAGAAAGUAGGUCGAUAGGAACUGAGAGCGACAUUUGUUUCCACGCUUUUGUCUGUGUUCUUUGUUGUUUAGCGACGACAGUGGGUUUUUUUUUCUUUUCUUUUUUCCUUCAUAGCCUACCCUUUAUUGAAGAGCGUUUUACGCACAGGUGGGAGAUGCCCGCUCGGCGUACUGUAGGACAGCCCCCCUCUCCCUGCUCCUCAGUGGAGGAUGUGAGGAAGUGACAUUUUUCACCGCUGCGGUUCGGGACAGCACUGCUCCGCUGCAAACAGGUGUGCUACCGUCCGAGUCACUUUUACUGGGGGGAAACCACGGAGAGGCAGCGUCCCAGAACCAGAACCAAGCCUUCUCGACACGGGACAGCGAGGACCACAGGAGGAGAAUCAAAACAGACAGAGAGAUAGAGAAAGAAGAGAGAGAGAGAGAGAGCGAGUGAGAGAGAGAGGGAGGGAGAGAGAGAGAUGGCAACGAAAAAGGCGUGCGUGGAUGCGCCCAAAAGGAGCCGGAGUCCGGUCGUGUUGGAGGCGGAGAUGUUCAGUGAAUUUCAGGACUGGUGUCUCCGGACUUAUGGAGACUCCGGUAAAACAAAGACCGUCACCCGGCGAAAAUACAACAAAAUCAUGCAGACACUGUUGCAGAACGACGAGACGGAUGGCGUUUAUAUCGACAACAGCCACAUCAACGCCAAAUUCAAAUUUUGGGUGAAGUCUAAAGGAUUUCAGGUCGGGACCAACGUGUUGGGAGAGCACAAGAAAGGAGCUCCGGGGAAGCCCAUCCUAUAUGUCCCGGUCAAGACAACGUGUUCAGAUGGGAAUUCGGCCCAAGACAACUCCUCCCUGAAGCGUGUAGCUGUGGUCGAAGACUUCUUUGACAUCAUCUAUGCCAUGCAUGUGGAGAUGGGUGCCGACCCCGGACGAGCACCCAAACAUGCAGGCCAAAAGAAGACCUACAAAGCGAUAGCAGAGACCUACGCCUUCCUGCCUAGAGAGGCGGUGACUCGGUUCCUAAUGAGCUGUGGAGAGUGUCAGAAGAGGAUGCACAUCAACCCCAGCACUGCCGAGUUCAAAGAAAAUGACAGACCCACCUCACUGGUCCCAGACCUCAUUGAUUAUAACAUGCCUCUCACUGCCACCUACCUGAAACAAAUGAAACUGCAGUGCAUGACUGCCACUGAAAGGGAUGACAGUUCGAUGAGCAGCGAGGACAUGAACGGCGUUGAGCCUACAUGGGUGGCAGCUGAGCCGCCCCCCCUGCCUGAGCCCAGUCCACCUAAUGGAGAGAGGGUCAGCAACCCAACAGCCAUCGUUAAAGAAGAGGACUAUGACGACUCCUCAGAGAGCGGCAGUGCCAACGGGUUGCCGGCCCUGACCUCCCCGGAGGUGCUGGCUGUGGGUGGGAACCCCCCAGAUGGUGGGGCCCCUUACGGGGAGGUGACAGAGAACGGGCUGAGCGCUCCACUGGACUUUAGCACCACCUCACCCUCGUCCUCCUCAGAGGAUCAGCAGCCGGUCAAUCUGAGCGACAGACUGCUGCAGGCGGGCAGCUCGCCACCAAACUCUUACCCCGCGGACCCCAACAGGAAGUACCCCACCAGAACAGAGUACACCAACAAGUCUCCUCCUUACAGUUCAGGAAGCUAUGACUCGGUAAAAACUGAACUGAGCAUGAGCGCAGAGGACUUGACCUCUGGUCGGGCACAGAUCAUUGACGACGACGAUGACGAUCACGACGACCACGAUGACAGCGACAAGAUCAAUGACGCCGAGGGCAUGGACCCUGAGAGACUCAAAGCCUUCAAUAUGUUUGUGCGUCUGUUCGUUGAUGAAAAUCUGGACCGCAUGGUGCCCAUCUCCAAACAGCCCAAGGAGAAGAUCCAGGCCAUCAUCGAGUCCUGUAGCCGCCAGUUCCCAGAGUUCCAGGAGCGCUCCCGCAAGCGCAUCCGCACCUACCUCAAAUCCUGCCGUCGCAUGAAAAAGGGCGGUUUUGAGAUACGACCAACGCCUCCUCACCUCACCUCUGCCAUGGCUGAGAACAUCCUCGCUGCCGCCUGUGAGAACGAAACCCGAAACGCUGCCAAGAGGAUGCGCCUUGAUGUCUACCAAGCGGAUGAACCUGCCUCUGUUGACAAGACCAACUCGAAGGACCCGGCCUCUGUGGCCCCGUCCGGGUUCACCAUCUCCAGCGCAGCUUUUGCCCAAGACCAGCUCUACACCAACGGAGGCCUCAACUACAACCUGCGGGGGGGAUACGGGACAGUCGGCAGCAACCAGCAGAACUCUGGUGCUGCACAAACCAACGGCCCCACAGAUCUGAGUAUGAAGGCGAUCGCCCCGUCCUCCAGCUCCAACAGUCACGGUCAGGGAGGCGGCGGCGGUGGAGCUUCGGCUCAGCUCAGCCCUCCGGAGGUCACGGCGGUGAGGCAGCUGAUCGCAGGAUACCGGGAGUCCGCUGCCUUCCUGCUGCGCUCCGCGGACGAGCUGGAAAACCUGAUCCUGCAGCAGAACUGAGUCCAAGCCAAACCUCCCUCCUAGCCUGUCCAUCCCUGUCACCCUCGUCAAUCACAUCGGGGCCAGACUUUCACGCAAAGACACAAAUGUCCAUGAGUGAUAGGCCUACUGCAGUGCACUGUGGGUAAUGUAGGUACGGUACCUUUACUCAUUCCCACGUGUGUUUAUGUAUGUACGGACAGGCCAGAACAUAUCGCAGGCUGAAAACAUGUUUCUUUAUGCAUUUGGUUCACUUUGACCUUAGUGCCCUGUUAUCUGUAGCCGUUCAUCCCAUUCAGUUCAUCUUACCACUUCAACCUCCAUUCGUCUCAGGAAGCGAUGAUCUAUGUGGAAGAAUUAUCUGCAUUGGUGCACAGGGGAAGAACCAGAACCUUAAACUAGCUGUGACCAUAAUGCCACAUUGGCUCGUUUAUGCAGAUGUUUGGGCAAAUUAGUAGUUAAAUAGCAGUGAAUAACUGGUUUCUAUUUUAACUCAAGUGUAAACCAUGCUGUACAGUGGCAUCUUUUGAUCUGAUCGUUUAAAUGACAACUCUCCAAAUUCACUUCUGUCUCUGGAAAAAAUUUGUAGUAUUGCUUUCUGAAAGUCUGCAGAUGAAUCGCUGCUAAAUCCACUGACUUGUCGACUUACAGCUAGUAAAUGUAGAGAAGGGAAAAACGGGACAGUGGUGGACGGUUUUCAUCUGAAAAGUUUGACAGAUCCGUCAAAACAAUACCUCGGCCCCGCUCUGUUUGAGGGGGUUGCCAGAUUCUUAGGCAUGUGGUUACGAAAAAGACAAAGACUCAUUACCCAACGUGACUUUAUUUUCGGUUAUUUUAUUAUGAAUAAUUCAUAUAUUUCUCAUUACUUAAAAAGAAAGGAAGCUUUUAAGAAGCCUGGGUAUGCAAAAUGUGGUCAAAGACACCUGUCAGGGAAACAAAAGGAGAUUAAUAUAUUGUUUAGACUCUUGGUUUAUAACCAGUGCUACUGGAAAAGAGGAAAAAAAAGGUGCAAUAUUGACGAUAAUCAGUAAGGGUGUGCUUAAUGAAAUGACUCUGUCAGACUUGCUGAAGCCUUUUAAGGCAAAACGGUGGAGUACGUUACCACAAUCUCCUCCCGCUGUAACUGUCAAGUUGCAAAAAAAAGUAAAGAAAAAAAAGAUAAGAAAAUACUGAAAUGAUAUCCCAUGCAGCAUUGUAGCCAAUUUCAAUGUUGUUGUUUUUUUGUGAAUACUGAUCUUUAUCGAUAACCUCGUAACUGAGGCACUUUCGUGUAUUGGGAUCAGUCAUUAGUAGUGACAAGGAAAUGGGACCUGGCAGAAAAAUGAGACUUAAUGUUGCAAGUCUUAUUUAUUUAAUUUGACUUUCAAGUGAUUUUUUGGGGUCGUUUUGUAAAGAAUUGUCCCGUGAGGUUUUGUUUCCAAGUUAAAAAGGAGCACAUUGAGCUCCCAUGCAUCGGUGUAACCCUAACAUCCACACGGCUUUACUGGAUGUAGUGUGAGUGUGUGUGGGCCGUCCGUCUGCUCUGACCUCAGCUGUGUCAAAUUCUCUCUCACAUCUCCAUCAUGUCUGAAAACACACUGUCUGAAAAGAAGCAAGAGACAAUCUUUGAAAAAGAUGUAAUUGCAUCACAGUUUACUCUCCCAGCUGUCUGCUAUGGUGUGUGUCUGUGUGUGUGUGUGGUGUGUGUGUGUGUGUGUGUGUGUGUGGUCUGAGGGCACACAAGAGUACUCAAAGCAAAUCUAGAGCACAGUCUCACUCACAACAGACACUUUUAAUGGUGAGUCACUUGGCACAAAAAACAUGUUGUGUGUGUGUGUGUGUGUGUGGUGUGUGUGUGUGUGUGUGUUUUGUAUUCCCUUUUUUUUGGUUGGUGUAAGUGUUGGUAUUGACAGUAUGUUAAUUUUCUGUUUGUGUAUAAGUGGAGUGACCCAGUUUGUACGACAUCAAUCUGUGAAGAUAUAAUUCAGAGGCUGAAACAUUCCAAACAAGGACAAUGACUCUUCAAGCAGCCUGAAAGUGGCUCGCACCUUAUUGAUUAGUCAAAGUUUAAAGAGAUAUAUUUCUGUACUUAUCACGAAUCUUAUCAUUUUAUCACAAAUCAGUCUAUUUCUCACCACCACCACCAGGCCGGUCUAGAUUUACAUGCUAAAUUUGACUUUUUUUUAUUUAAUUCCCAUGUCAGGAUUGGGCUGCAUUCCAUUUACGUUUAAAUAAUGGUUUCUAUUGCAAGUUUGGAAGCACUUUAUAGCUCAGGAUUAAGGUAACAUAACACAGUGAUUUGAGUUUGUCUUUACCUCAUUUGGAAUAUCAGUUUCAGUUCAAACAAGAAGAACUGAUCGUGACAAAGGACACAAGCAGCGCUCAAUCUGCUUUGUUGAUGAUUAAGAUAAAAAAAAGAGCAAAUGGCUUCUUUUUGAAAACCUUUUUAGAGCUCAGCGUGAACUCCUCGGUGGUCCAUAUGAGAGGUGUUUUAUAACAUAGGCUUAGAAAAGCAGGACUUAUUGUGAAAAUUCUGUCUUGAAUAAGUCUAACAAAUGGAACCAGGAUAAAUCUGUUUCAUAAAGCUGGUUUGGACUUAAUGUGAACAGUCAAAGUCAAGUCGGGUUUAUUUCACACCUGAAUCUGCAGCUCCCCAAUGCUUUCUGGAGCUUUAUAGUGAGUUUCAGCUCAUCGUUGAGCUGUCUGGCUGCAGAUUGGUUUACUCUCAAUACUCUCAUAAAAGUCGUUUUCAGUGAAAAAUCUCUAAAAACCCACUAUGCACGACCUGCAUGAUGACAGACACAGUGAUAGUGGAGCAUUUAGCAGCGAAAGAGCCUGACAUUUCCGUCUGGAGUUGGUGGAGACCAAAACAGAGCUAAAAGAAGAGGUAAUAUUGGACUUACAUUCAUGAGGUGAACAGAAAAACAACUCAUGAUGAAUGUUAUAAAGUUGCUUCAUAACGCGUCUGGAUAUGUAAGUAGACUGGUUGUUAACAACACAAAUAGAUUACAUGUGUUCCCAACUUGUUUCUCUGCCACCAAGUGGUAAAAACAAACAGUGUUUGCAGGUUCAAGUUAUCUGUUAGAUUAGGUAUCUUGAGAUCAGGUUUUAAUUGCACAACUAAGUGCAUUCCAUGUCAGUAUGUGACCUAAAUUUGUUGUUUGAGUCCAUUAGACUCCCAACGAUUCAGUCUGGCAGAUUCAUUGUGAUACUGAUACUGAAGCCUGAGCUGAAGCUAAGCCUGACUUAAGUCAGGCUUCUCCAACCUCCUUUAUGAAACAGAAUUUCCCGACUGACUGGAACCGGUACUGUUGGUUUGAUGAAACACCCCUCUGGGCUCAAACAGACGCAAUCGUAGAUGUACGGGGGACCUGAGUCCUCACAUGUCUUCCUCGUCUCCUCCAACCUUGUGGCCAUAGCAGAUCCUCACACUUCACGUCCAACUCCGUGACGUCAUGCUGUCCCAUCCUCACAACCAAACAUCAGCUUGCAGGUGUGUAAACUGUCUUAAGUCUACGCUGAGCAACAUUUGUGUGGAGUUACUGUGAUCAACGACAACCAACCGGUUGUCAUGUUGUUGUUUCUAAUAAUGCCCAAUGGAUUUUCUCUUUGUAUUGACUGGAAAAUGUAAUCUAUUGGUGUUGAUUAAAAAUGCCCUGGUAGCUUGUGGAUUGCUAAAGUGGUCAGAUAAAUGUACUGUAUAGCUGUACAAAGAGUGAUAAAAAGAUGUUUGAAACCUUUUUAUUUUCUGUGGGUACAGCACUGUUUAAAAAAAAAAAAAAUCAAAGUGGUUUUAGCCCUUGCUUGUUUUAACUUAUCAUUUGGUGGUGGUCUGUAUUUCUUCUAUUGUUAUUUAUAUUAUUUCAAUUGUUGCCUCUCCUGCACUAAUACAAGACUGUAGCUCUGUGCAGGAGGUUGUACUGUAAACCUUUGUGAAGCUUUGUAUCCCCCCCCCCCACUCUGGUUUUGGACUCAGUGAAAGUGUGAUGUUUACAUGUACAGUUUUUCAGAAUACUUUUGCGUUUUAUUCAGGCUAUAUUAUCUUUUCCUCACCUAUACUCCGAAAUCUGUGUACAUUUGCCCAGAUAUUUUUUCCCUUUUUGUUGUUUCAUUGCAUCAAAGUGCAGACGUGACCCUCUUUGACUACUCGGUCACUCGGUCAUGAAGUGUGCCGUGACAGCUGGUUGUGGUCGACUCGGUGUUGUGGUGGCUUCCAGCAUUUAAAAAAAAAAAAAAAAAGUAAAUCAUAAGUAAAAGGGAGCUUCACAACUUCUCAAAGUGGACCAGCAAAGAUGUAUUAAGGAUCAACUUUAAUCAACUGUCUAUAAAAACUAUUGUGGCCUAAAUGGAGAUUGGUGGGGGUGUAGGUACAUUUAUUAUACGAUCCUACAUUAAGUGCUCAGAAUCUUUUAAUAUUCCGGCCGUACUGUCGGGUAAAACUCCUUGUCCUUAACCUGACUGGUACCCUGAAGGGACACUUUGACCUGUUGUUAUAUCUCCUCGGUAACAUAAAAGCCAUUCCCCUCUCCUGGCCUUUUUAAGGGGAACCCAUAAACCUCAGGAAAUACUGAAUCUCCAAGUUUAGUUUAUAUCCACUCAUUUCUUCUGAAAUGAUUUAAAUCUCUUAAUGAAAACCAUUAACAUUUAUAUGAGAUGUCUAUUGUUUUGUACAUUUAUCAUUGUGAUUUAAAAGUGGAGCUUUUUUCCAGUACCUGUGACUUAAUAUUUUGAUUUUUUUCUUUUUCUUCUCCGGAGUGUUUAUAGGUAUGGAUAUUUAUUAUUAUAUGUGAAACAAAAAGACAAAAGGAAAAAGGUUGAACCUGUUUCAUUUGUAUGUUUCAUGCAAAACUGUCCAGGUGAGAUUCUCUCUGCCUCUUACAUAUCACUGAUGAGGGACCUGUGUUUGUUUGGAAAUAGCGCUUUUUCAGUGUUGCAUCAACGCUAUGAAAAAAAACAAAAAAACACCAGUGGUUUACCAACAGCAGAGCUGCAAGGCUUUCCUCUUCGCCUGGGAUGUCAGUAACUGAAUAAAAUAGUGCGAUGAGCUAUCUAACUGA